CUAGCUAAGAUCAACGAAGAUAAUCAGUGGUGCUCCAAGUCUCAUCGGCAAGAUACCUUACCUUGACUGAAUCGAACAGCAUAACAUCACCACAAUGUCCGCCCAGAAUGAACCGCAAGCCGAAGCACAAUCACCAUCCUCGGGAGAGGAGGGGUCCUCUCCCUUAGGCUCAUCCCUCUACCAAACCGGCUUGCAAACCCGCCAAUCCGUCCUCGGCAGCGCGCACGUUAACCGCUCAUUGUCCAACAGCAACGCAUUCACAUUCCCAAUGCAAGAAGCCAUCACCGAGUUUGCCUGGGGCUCGAUCUGGAACCGGCCCGGGCUUGACCGUAAGCAGCGGAGUCUAAUGAAUAUUGGAAUUCUGAUCGCGCUGAACCGCCAGCUGGAAUUGGGAGUGCAUGUGCGCGGGGCUGUGAGAAAUGGGCUGUCUGAGCUGGAGAUCCGAGAGGCGGUUAUGCAUACGCUUGUUUAUUGUGGGGCGCCGGCGGCGAUGGAGGGAAUGAGGACUGUUGAUAAGGUGCUCGAGGAGCUAGAAAGGGAGGGGGAGAUCAAAAGGGAGUUGAAAUGA